AUGAGUCGUUCACUGAACCUAAGUAAUUUCCCACCCAGUGCGGAAGCCAUUGGAUUCACAGCACGGGAUCACUAUCCGGAUAUAGUGUUCACGCGUGAAAUGUUACACCCUCCCGGACACAGUCGACGGGCGGAUAGCACGCGUGACGUGAUGGUACCGGUAACGGAGUCACUUCCCAAGCGCAUUCUAAGCAUCUUUAUGGAGCUUGGCCUACUGGAAGCACUGGGAGAGGCGGCACAAUCCGAGUCUCGGAUUGUGUCCCGAGCCGCCACAUAUCUGCAGCUGAUCGGCAGAAGGUUCAAGCAGUACUGGCAGUCAUACCCGUGUGAGCUAACGAUGGAUCUUGUAGCGAAGCACUCGCAAACGCGCAACUGGCACAAGAGCACGAUACGCUGUAUGUGCUGGCAUCCGUUGUGCUUCAAACUGGCAGUUGCCACCAUCGAUGAUACGGUUCGCAUCUAUACGCGUAACCCAGGCGUAACACCUGUUCUGCGUAGCAGUCUCCAGAAGGCAGUCACCUGUCUCGCGUGGCGACCGUUCACGGGAGGAGAAUUGGCCAUCGGAUGUCAAACCGGUGUGUUGCUCUGGAGCGUCGAUCCGACAAGCCAAAUCACCAGACCCCUAUCGCAGGCGGUCCAUUUACAGCACGGACGGCAUCAACCGGUCACGGCGGUCAGUUGGAGCAGCAAUGGCGAGCUGUUGGUGACCGCCAGCAUCAACGAUACGCAUCUGCUCGUGUGGAACGUUGAUCAGCAACGAUGCGUUCCGAUGCAUCGUGUAAAGCUACCAUGUGCACUCGUUAGUUAUGCACCGCUUGGAUACAACUUGAUCGCUAGUACCAUUGGAAGAGACUUCUAUCUCUGUACAGUGCCACCGGAACGAGUAACACGAGCCGGCUGGAGUACGGCUAAUGGCUCUCUGCAAUCGUUCGCUUGGUCCCGGGACGAAAGGCAUUUACUGUUUGUCACAACAGAUGAUAUGAAGCUGUUCUAUAUGCGGCAAUCCGGCCUAAAAAAUGCAUCGUACGAACUCGCCUUUCCGUUGGUGGACCUUGAUCAGAAAACUACCGAAGAAGGGUUGACGAUUGGUGGCAAAGCGCAGACAAUCGCUUGGUGUCCCCAGGAUCGCUUUUUGGCAAUUUCGUUUAAAACCACAUCAGCCAUAGCUAUCUUCUUUACAAACCUAGCCGGACUGCAGAUCAACAUUGACCCAUACUGUCUGAUAUUUGGGGCCGGCGUCGAGUAUCCUUCAUGUAUGUGCUACCAGGAAAACUAUCAACAAGAAUACAAUUCGGACGCACAAUCCGUGCUAACGAUUGGAUGGUCGUCUGGUCGCAUCGAGUACUAUCCCCUGUAA